CCGGAGGGAGGGAGGACUGGUCGGGGAGAUGGGCGCGGCGCCCGGAGGGUCAGCGCCGCCCACCGGCCCCGUCCCGCGCUUGGGUUUCAGCACCGCGGACAGCGGCGUCGGCUUGAGCGGGCUAAACCCAGGUCCUGCCGUGCCCAUGAAGGACCACGACGCCAUCAAGCUCUUCGUGGGGCAUCCGCGGGGCUUGGAUGAGCAGGACCUCAAGCCGCUGUUUGAGGAGUUCGGCCGCAUCUACGAGCUGACGGUGCUGAAGGACCGGCUCACCGGCCUCCAUAAAGGCUGUGCCUUCCUCACCUACUGCGCCCGGGACUCUGCUCUCAAGGCUCAGAGUGCACUGCACGAGCAGAAGACCCUGCCAGGGAUGAACCGUCCAAUCCAAGUGAAGCCAGCUGCCAGUGAGGGCCGAGGAGAGGACCGAAAGCUGUUUGUGGGGAUGCUGGGGAAGCAGCAGGGUGAGGAUGAUGUCAGACGCCUGUUCCAGCCUUUCGGCCAUAUCGAGGAGUGCACUGUCUUGCGGAGCCCGGAUGGCACCAGUAAAGGCUGUGCCUUUGUGAAGUUUGGGAGUCAGGGGGAAGCUCAGGCGGCCAUCCAGAGUCUGCACGGCAGCCGGACCAUGGCGGGUGCCUCAUCCAGCCUCGUGGUCAAGCUGGCGGACACGGACCGGGAGCGAGCCCUGCGUCGUAUGCAGCAGAUGGCGGGCCAGCUGGGCGUCUUCCACCCGGCGCCGCUGCCGUUUGGCGCCUGCGGAGCCUACACCACGGCGAUCCUGCAGCAGCAGGCGGCCCUGCUGGCAGCGGCCCAGGGCCCGGGACUAGGCCCGGUGGCUGCGGUGGCCGCACAGAUGCAGCACGUGGCGGCCUUCAGCCUAGUCGCCACGCCACUGCUACCCGCGGCAGCCAACUCCCCUCCUGGCGGUGGCCCGGGCACUCUUCCGGGGCUCCCGGCACCUUUCGGAGUCAAUGGAUUCAGCUCCCUGACCCCUCAGACCAACGGGCAGCCGGGCCCUGACACCCUCUACAAUAACGGGCUCUCCCCUUACCCAGCCCAGAGCCCGGGUGUGGCUGACCCGCUGCAGCAGGCCUACGCUGGGAUGCACCACUACGCAGCCUACCCAUCAGCCUAUGCCCCAGUGAGCACAGCUUUCCCUCAGCAGCCUUCAGCCCUGCCCCAGCAGCAAAGAGAAGGCCCCGAAGGCUGUAACCUCUUCAUCUAUCACCUGCCUCAGGAGUUUGGUGAUGCAGAACUCAUACAGACAUUCCUGCCCUUUGGAGCUGUCGUCUCUGCCAAAGUCUUUGUGGAUCGAGCCACCAACCAGAGCAAGUGUUUCGGGUUUGUUAGCUUUGACAAUCCAACCAGUGCCCAGACAGCUAUUCAGGCCAUGAAUGGCUUUCAAAUUGGCAUGAAGAGGCUCAAGGUCCAGCUAAAGAGGCCCAAGGAUGCCAACAGGCCUUACUGAUCUGCUCUCACUGACCAGUCACAGAAAGAUUCAGAAGAGUGAGAAGAAGAAAAGAGAGGAAAAGCACAGAAGCGCUUAAGCAGCCUUUCUUGAAGGAGCAGCCGCAGACGGAGGUGGAUUGGACCCAAGGCCAGUGCCUGGGGCUCAGGCCACUUUAAGGAUUGUCUUCAUCAAGUGGGUUGUUCUAUGCCUGUGGCAUAAAGCUCAGGCUGGAAAGGCAGCUGGGACUGGCUGAAGAUGGACUGUCAAGGGAACCAGCAGAGGGACUUGGUGGUGCCAGAGGCUUCUCUGCAAGGGAAGCUCAGAUUUACUUCGUUCAAAAUCAUAUCAUUCCUUAGAGUUUAGGGACCAAAGGACUAUUGCUUUUUAAAGAAUAUAUAUAUAUAUCAAAACAAAACACAUAAAAGAGAAACACAAAGACAGUAUAGAGUCUCAUAAAAGCUGCCUUUAAAUAUCCCUAGGAGACAGGGUGAAGGAGACCUUUAAAAGCCCAAGCCUACUCAAAGGGAGGCUGUAGAAAGAUUGUUCUGUGUCACAUAUUCUCUUAAACCAUCUCCCCACACUGCCUUUUUAAAAUAAUUAAGGACCUGAAGUCUAGGCUCAGAUGCAGGUGACAAGAGAGUUAUGGAAGCAGUGAACCCACAGUACCCAAACACAGAGAGCAUCACCGAAGAGGCUUCAGGAGGAACUCUGGCCUGCCCAGGCCUUUACCACCAAGAGUGGGAACCUGCCUUUCUUUCCUGACAGCCUUUCCAGUGGAACCACUACUUCUCUGGGCUGGAAGAAAAAGGGAGUUUUGGCCACCCUAGCUUUUCCCUUUCCUCUCCAUAUAGACAGAGGCCCUGCCUUUGGCUGAGCCGAGACACCUCCUAAUUGCCCUCACCGGGAGCCAGCCCCAGUGUCCCCUUGCUCCAGGCCACCUUCUAUUUCUAAGUUUGACCACCUGUAAAGUAGAUUCAGGAUACAUGUAGAGGGCUGUGACAACAGACUUGGAAGUUUGCUACUGUAUAUACAGCCAUUAAGAAGGGAGUAAUUUUCAAUAUCUAGAAGGUUCAGAAUUUAAAGUCCCUCUUUACCCAGGACCUGAGAGAGUAGAUGUUUUGCCAAAAUACUUCUUCAUUCCUUUAAAAAGUAUAUCUUUCUUAUGCAAUAGUGUUUCACGUGCUUAUCCAAGGUGCUUCUAGAUGGUGAGCAGUGUUCAGCUUAGAAGUGGUGUGUGCUUUGUCUGUCUUUGUCUGUCUGUUGUAUACAGUGGGUGCCAUAUAAAGCUGACCAAUGGUGGUA